GACUUCCCGGUCGAGCCCCGGGACUUCCCCGCGGCGGCGGAGGCCGGCAGCGCGGCCGGGCCGGGCCGACGGGUGGAGGCGAUGGGAGCACGAACGGGCCCGAGCGGAGACUGCGACGGCCGGCGCCGCCCCUCCGCGCAGCUGAGCGGCCGCUGCUGACCGCCUGGCUGGCCCGAGCGGGGCCCGGAGAGGUGUCAUGGAGGAGCUGGUAGAGGAUGACAUCUGUAUUUUGAACCAUGAAAAAGCAGACAAUGGUCACAAGAGAGACGGGGAGAUUCCUGUUUCAGCUUACAGUGGAGAUGAGUCUGUUGCUUCACACUUUGCACUUGUGACUGCAUAUGAAGAUAUCAAGAAGAGGCUAAAGGAGACAGAGAAGGAGAAUUCCUUUUUAAAGAAAAGAGUGAGGAUUUUAGAAGAGAAGCUGCUUGGCUCCCGUCUGGAGGAGGAAUGCAGUUCAGUUGGACGUGAACAAGUCAAUAGGGCAUACCAAGCCUACCGAGAGGCCUGCAUUGACAGAGAUAAUCUGAAAAGCAAACUGGAUAAAAUGAUGAAAGAAACUUCAGAAUCCUUGAAAAACUUGAAUGAACAGUUGCAGUCCAAAGAAGUAGAGCUCUUACAACUAAAAACUGAAGUGGAAACACAGCAAGUUAUGAGAAGUCUGAAUUGUUGUACUCAGACCAGCUGGGAAAUAGAGAAGCUGAACAGUGACCUGAAAGUGCACAGUCUGGAACAGGAUCUAGAGAACCUCAAGCAAGAGUGCAAUAGUCUCAGAAAGGAAUUGCAGAAAUCUAAACAGAAGGACCAAGAUGAAAAUCCAUUAAAUGGAGACCUUCAAAGGCAAGCCAUUCAGAGCGUGCAGCAAGCAUAUUGGGAACUGAAGAGAGAAAUGUCUAAUUUGCAGCUAGUGACUGAAGUGCAAACUGAGUUUCUACGUAAACUGAAAACAAACUUAACAGCGACCAAGAAAGCUGCCUCUUCUGCACCACCAGUACAGUGUGUUGAGCUGAAGAAUAUUACAAAGCAGAAUUUGACGUCUGCAGUAGUGUAUAAAAAACUCUCACAAAACGAUACAGUGCACUGCAGUGCUGCACCGGCCCCUCUGCUGGGAGAUGCGAAAAUCCCAUCCGAAAGGGUGAUUCUACAAGCAUGGACAGAUGAGAGACUCAUUCCAGCUGAUGGUAAAACGUUUCAGGAGCACCAUUCUUAUGGAAAGAGCUCUCUGGAAGACAAUUCCUGGGUAUUCCCAAGUCCUCCAAAACCUGAUGAGAAUGUGUUUUGGGAAACAAAAAAUAAGAUUUUGUCAAACUGUCCGGCAGAUUACCUGGACCAGUAUAAUCAGAACUGUCCGCACAAGAACUAAGCAAUUUUUAGAAUGAACUGUGGCAUUUUAGAAUGAUUCUGAAUAGGCACUUUACUGCUUGAACUUUCUAAGAGGUAAUCAAAUUGGUUGAAGUGUUCUUUUAAAAAAAAAAAAAAAUUCUAUUUCUAAAACAGAAAAAAAACUGUCUUCCUCUGCUGUAAACCAGGAGCAAGUUCCUUGAAGUUAAAGCUGUGAUGGUAUAACGUGAACGAAUCUAGCAUGGGGCUUAGACAGUCUUGUAUUGCAAAUGGCAUAUGUUUCUACAAGAUUACGGUGAAUACUUAGUUCUUGAAAUAAAAUAAAAUAAUCUCAUUCUGUUUUUGUUUGCUAUUUGUAUGUUAUCAAGAAAGUAUCUGGUAUCACGUUAAACUUGUAACAGCUCUGAGCUUGUUUUUGACAGUGGUUUUUUUUGCAGAUUAAGACACAAAAUGAAGAUUGGAUUAUCUCUCCCUCUCUCCUUUCAAUUAAUUUUCUUCCUCCUAUGAUUUAGAAAUACAUUUUGAUGUGAUUUUCAUCAAAAAGGUGAGAUUUUUGUUAAAAUCUUUAUUUAUGUGAGAUGGUGGCAAGGGAAGAAUCACUUGAAGGCUGUCCUGUUUCGAUCACACAGUUUUGGGCAUGAUGAAUUAAAGAAGGAUCAGAAGUAAUGCUGCUGAAUGCAGCAACUCCAAACAGCUCAAUUCCCUCUGUGUGUUCGUGCACUGGGAAACUGCCUGAGUUCUGCACGCGGUGGUGCCUGCCUCAGAAUCAUCCUAUUCACGGUGCAGUUACCCUUACCGUGCCUCCUUUGCACACCACCAGAACCUUGACUUUUUAUUUGUGUGGUUGUUAAAGCAACUAAUUUUUCUUUUAUUAAAGAAAUAAAGCCUUAAUUUAAUUGGA